ACUCACCAUUGGCUUGAGCUUCAGGUAUUGAUUAUGAAGCGGAAAGUGAGGAAUGUGGCUAUGGUAGUCGUAAUCUCUCUCGCUGUCAUUGUUUACUCUUUACAACUGUGCUUGUUCUCGCCAGAGGGCUCCGCGUAUGAAGGUGCUGUUACCUCGGGCGAAUCUCUGUUUGGCUCGGGUGAGCAUAGUGGCUCAUCAUCAUCCAGCUCGACGACCUGCUCCAAGCAGCAUGCCUGUGAACCAUGCCCUGGAACAGUCUCUGCUCCGUCGACCUUGUCAGACAGCGAGCCUAUCACAUCACUGGCUGGCGACGAUCACAACCGUAUGAUCGUGACGCCAUCGGGCAGUUUGCCGUGGCCAAAGACGAUGCCGGUGGUAGGAGAUGCACUCGGCCCGGGUGUGGCUCCCUCGCCAGGUGGUGAGCCUGUAGAGCUGUUUGGUUUGGCGCCGGUCGCAGAGUACGACUUUAUUCAGACUCUGACUCCUGUUGUCCUCGACGAUGUGUCUGCUUACCUCACAGCCGUGGCUGAUGAUGACAAGGCUGCGCUGGGAGAGAUCGAGGCCAAGCGUGAGAAGGUGCGGGCCAAAGUGAGCGCGUGGCCGAUCAUCGACUCGUAUAAGCUGGUGCCCCAAAUGCAGGAAGUGCCCAUCCACCACUCGGUCUUGUACUUUGGCGGCAGGAUGUAUCAGGCGCCGUCGCUCGACGCGUGUCGGGCGAUGGCAGCGGAGGUUGGCGGGCGCGAGAUUCCACUCGGCAUUGCGGUGGACAUUAACGGUGUGCCGUAUGGCAACCUCUGGGACAUGAACAUGCUCAUGACGAUGCCGACGUAUUUGACGCUGUCGCGGUUGCUACUGUGGCGGCUCUUUGACGAUCGGUUUGCCACCGGCGAGUGGGGCGCCGAGAUGGAGGCUGAGCUGCGGGCCGCGGUCGCGUUUGACGUCCUCAACACGGCGCUCAUGCACCUCCGUCCUACGCUCCUCUACAGCUACGGCAGCCCCGAGACGCCGUUCCACCAGACGAAUCAGACGAAUCUGUUCCGGUCGCUGACCAGGUCGGAGAUGAUCGGCCUGAUGUGGGACGGCGCCGGGCGGGACGGGCUUCCGCUCUCGACGCACGAGCUCGAUACGCAGAACCGCGGCACGGUUUGCGUCCGGCAUGUGGCGGCGGGCGUUCCAGACAUCUAUCCCUGGAACAUGGAAAGGGCUGUGCCCAAGCCGCUGUUUUUUGGGCAGACGUUGCCGUCUGCGCGGCGCGACCUGGCGUACACCAUCCGGGCGAUGCGACGAAUGGUGCUGACCCGAGGGUUUGGAGCGUACAGCGACGAGCUACUGCCGAUGGUACCGAAAGUGACGCUCAUCUCGCGACGCGGGGUGCCGAACAAGCACAUCGAGCCGUGGGUCGAGUUUGUGGAGGAGGUCCGAGCCAUCUCGCUCCACCACAAGCACAGCUUUGAAAUUGUGGAGAUAGGUAGCCUUGAUCUGAAGGCACAGCUGCUCCCGUUUUACAACUCGCGGGUGGUGGUUAUCACCACGGGCGCGGCGAUGGUCAACACGCUUUUCAUGCGGCGGGCAUCAAGCCUGUUGAUGCUCUGGGAGUUUGGCCCGCUCUCGUUUGGCGAGGGCGUCAUCUCGCUCAAUGGCGACGACAACGACAUGUGGUUCAACAAGAUUCCGCUGCACAUCGACGAGACCUGGCGGCCGUACGAGCCGUUCAACGUAAGCAUCUGCCACGAAGAGCAGGCCAUCGGCCAUGUUUUCUCCAUCUGGUGCGUGCACAACGUCUUUCCGCCGAUCGACCUUGUCGUCUCGACCCUCGACCGUGUCUUGUCGCAGCCGAUGGGCACCCUCUCACCGCCGUGACCGUUCAUUCCCACCACCUGUACACUUCCUGGAACCUAACAACCCCAAUCCGACCUUCCCCUCAUCAAGCACCGUACCCACCC